AUGCGGGCGAACUCGCAGACCUCGGAGCGGGGCCUUGGUUGGACGGCCCAGCUUCCUGGGAACCCGCUGGAUUCGCGGGCGGUACAGCUUCCCGGGAACCUCCUGGAUUCGCGGGCGGCGCAGCCUCAGAAGGGGCGGGCUCCCCCCCGGGCUGUUCCACCGAGUCUCUAA